UUUGGAAGACAUCAUUGUGGCAAAGUCAUAGAAACUCCUACACAGUGUUAAGUAUCAGUCGUCUCCGUUGCUCCAGUCCCCUUACGGCGCAAUCAUGAAGGCACCGAUUCCUCGUCUCUACUUGGGGACCAUGACAUUUGCCUGGUCUCAGACAUCGUCGAAAGUGGAUCAUCCUGUUGCCUUGGAAAUGGUUAAAAAGUUUAUCUCCUUUAAUACAGAACGCGGAGAAAAGCUUCACCGCAUUGAUACGGCUCGCAUUUACGCUGGAGGUAGUACCGAGGAUAUGGUAGGAUCAGUUCUGGCUAAAUUGGGUUUAGUUGACGGUAUUGUUGCCAUUGGAACUAAAGCUCAUCCCAGUCAAAAGGGUGGACUCUCUCGAAACGGAAUCGAGGAUCAAUUUAAGGCGUCCGUGAUUGCAAUGGGGGCAAUGAAGAUCGACAAGGUGGACGAAUAUUAUUUGCACCAACCCGAUACAGAGUAUGCGCUACUCGAGAGUCUGAAAUGCCUCCAUGAGAUGAUAACCAAUGGUGCCAUCUCAGCGAUUGGAAUGAGCAACUACAACGUGAAAGAAAUGGAAAGAGUAUUUGCUCUCGUUAAAAAACAUGAUCUCACUCCACCAACUGUGUAUCAAGGUCUUUACAAUCCUUUGAAUAGGCUUGUGGAAAACGAACUGCUUCCCCUCCUGAAAGCUAACCAAUGUUCAUUCGUCGCAUAUAAUCCUUUGGCAGCGGGCCUUCUGGCUGGCAAGCACACGGACCCUGACCAAGUGCAAAAGGGGCGCUUCAAAGAUAACCAAAACUAUUUGCCGCGCUUUUAUACACUGGCAAACUUUGACGCGAUUGAACUAAUCCGACAAGCAUGCGAAAAGGAGAGUAUAACGAUGGUGGAAGCGACUUAUCGUUGGCUUUUACGCCAUUCAGCGUUGGGUCUAGAAGACGGAGUUUUGCUCGGCGCCAGUUCGUUGGUUCAGCUUGAUCAGAACCUGAAGGCGUGCUCCGCUGCGAAAGAAAGGCCUCCAUUGCCCGCUUCUGUCUUGCAAGCGUUUGAGAAAGCAUGGAAGCUGACGGAGAAUGGUGCAUUUCCCUACUGGCGAUCUUACUCUUCGGAUAUGCCCAACCGAAACUCUCUUGAUCCAGGUGCUUCGUACAAUGCGACUAAGAAGUAG